GCGAUUGUAGACGUGUGUUUCCGGGUACGACGUACGCAGUCGCAACCCGGAAGUUACACGGUCUUUUGAAAAAUGUAAACAAAGUUGGCGGUAAAGAUGGAGCCGGUAGAGAGAGAAGACACAACUGAGGAGUUCAGGGUGAAAGUAACGUCGAAAAAACAAGUAACCCAGCAGAUUAACGAAUAUAAGAAGAUCUUACAAACGGCUCUUAACGGACAGACGGGCGUUGCCGAGGAAACGAAGACAAGUUUACUGCACGAGCUGCUGGCGAACUUGGAGGCGGCGGUCCAGCAGAACGUGUUGGUGAACGGACAGCCAUGGGAGGAGGCUCCUGAUGUAGAAGAGGAGGAGCCUUUGGAUCUGGAGAGCCUGCUGGACGACACCAUCGUAGAAACCACCAGGAGGCGCCGUGCGUACCCCAAACAGAUCCUGCCUCACGUGAUCCACAUGCUCAGAGCUGAACGCAAACUCAUGAAACUGUAUGAGCACGCAGUCAAACCUCAAGAGCCCUUCAAAGAUCCCGAACAAGAGACCAUCAUGAGGGAUCUGUCAGCAGCAGCUCCUGUGGUGGUGACACAGGCCAUCCAGGUCAUCAAGUCCAUCCACACUCUGCAGAAACAGGCUGAAGGUCUCUGUGAGAUCCUCAACACAAAGACGAGCGCCGUCACGCUGGAGAUCCACAGAGAAGUAUUCGGGGUCAACGACCAAUCAGACGCAGCCUCGAGGAGCCGGCAGCCAAUCAAACGAGCCAUAGAGGAAUCGGCGGCUGCAGGAUGCUACGUGGCGCUCAGUAAGAGACACUCAGCGGAGAAACACACAGAAUGACCCCCUGACCCCGACACAAGGACUCGUGUUUCUGAACAUUUUGAGCGUUCUUCCAAGUGUCUCGUCAGAUGUUAUAUUGCCCUCACUGGUCCAUCCUAUCAUUUAUAAUACUGCUUUAGCAAAGACUUGUUUUCCCUUUUUGUUUUUUACAUAAACCAGUGUAUCACUUAUUAGUCGUAAAUGCCAUAUUAACGUUUAGAAACUAUGUUAAUUCUCUCUGGUUUAGAAGGAGUCUUCAUUUUAACGAGCAUCUGAAUUUGUGAAACAAUAAAGUGAAAGUCUUUAGGACGGUAAGUGACAAUAGCUCCUGUAAACAUUGAAUAGAAAACAGUUACAGACACUUUCUCCCACUUUCAAAUGUAACUUCUACGUCCUUUAAAUCUAUUGUUGGUUCAUAUGUUUAAGUUAAGAACAUUGACUGCUAUUAUAAAGUGGAUUUUUAACAAUGUU